AUGGUCUCUACUCGCGUUCCUUUAUUACACGCUCCUUGCCUAAUAUGGCUAUCCACCUUCCUUUUAUCGCUGGGUACGCCCGCCAUCGCAGUGGGACACCUCACUGACGAGCAGUUGUCGAAAAUCGAGGCUAACCUGGCCGACGGCGCUCACGACCCCUGGGAACUUGGGACUCGUGCGCAGGCCGUGACUGAACUGCACGCCCCUUCCUUCUCGGUGUUCUCGAACACCAAGCUGCCGGUCCCCUCUUCAGAGUUCAAAAACGGACUUCCUGCCGGCCUUGACCAAGUCCUUGAGAUCGCUCAUGAUGUCGUUGCGAAUCGUUCAGUGUCCAAUGGCGGCAUCACCGGGCCCCAGCCGCUCGUGGCGAACGGCGCCGCAGGAGACCCCGCUAGUAUCGGUGUUGCGGUGUUGGUAGCUAACUGGACGCUUGGGCCGAACGGUGGAGAUGGCAAAUACGGCGGCCAAGACUACGCCGGGGCUGCCAAGGAUCAGCUCGAUUUCUUGCUGGGUGACCAGGUGCCGAAGACGGACGAUGGAGCUAUUUCCCAUCGCACGGAGCAGGUUCAGCUAUGGAGCGACUUUGUGUACAUGGUCCCUCCGUUCCUGGCUUACUAUGGUGUUACCACUGGCAACCAGACUCUCCUCAAGAUGGCCUAUGAUCAGUGCAGGCUUUACCGCAAGUAUCUGCUGGACCCCGAGGCGGGUGGGAUGUGGAAACACAUCCUUCUGGGAGACUGGGACGACCAGUUUCACUGGACUACCGGGAAUGGUUGGGCUGCCGCUGGAAUGCUCCGCGUCCUCGCUACGAUCCAGCACUCCGAGUACGCUGAUGCUCUCAAGAGCGAGCAGGCUGAUUUGGCAAACUGGGUCUCAGAGAUUCACGAUGGCAUAUACCCUCACCUUCAAUUGAACGGUAUCUUCAAGAACUACCCUGACGCCAAUGCGACCGGCAACUUCGACGACGCCGCUGGUGCCACCAUCUUGGCGGCAUCAGUGUACAGACUCGCGUCCGUCUGGGGUGUUGAGACUCACAUCGCCGAUGCCGAGCGCAGUCGUGCUGCUCUCUUAGGCCCUAACCUCAAUGUGACCAACACCGACUCCAAGUUUGAGCACUUCACGUCGGACUUCUGGCUCACGCCUGUAGUCUUGCCGUACGACUUCCACCAGUUGGGCAAGCACUCUCCCGAGGCUCAGGCCUUCGUACUCGAGAUGGAGGCCGGUCGCAAUGACUGGCUUGCCGGGAAGAACAAGCGAUCUGCUCGUGCGGAACGUAUGCACAAGAAUCAGACUCUUUCUAGGGCGCGAGCCCUUCUCCAUGUGGCGAAAGCGAGAACUGGUCCAGGAUCGGGACACGAAUUGGGCGAUGGCGCGCCUGGUCUGCCUGCGGUGUGCGCGUAUCUCGCGUCCUUAGAACUCAACAACGGCGAUGUCAACGAGAAGAUUGCGCACAACAGUUCCUGCCUUGCGCCCAAGAUCUUCACCAACGUCGUCAAUGUCGUUCGCAUCGUUUUGGCGGAGUCCGACCUGGAGGCUAGGCUGAAGGAGGUCAAGUAUGAGGAUCUCAUGGCAUCGCACAAGGUCCUGCGCGGAGAUCUUGUCCUUCCAUGGUUGAGGGAAGCGGAGGCACUGCUGCUGCAGAGCGGACAGGUCCGAGUGAAAAAUCAUCCUGAUGAUGUCUUGGUGAAGUGUGCAGUGUUCUAUUGGACGAGCCAGUUGCUCGGUCUCGUGCGGAUAAAGCGACCACAUCUUACAAGACCCCAUGCCAUUGACCCCGACGAAUUCGACGAUCUCCUUCUGACCAUCGACGACGUCUGUUUGUCUAUUCGAGACCGUAUUACCGCAGAGGUGGCCCGCCUCAGGGAAGAGGCCAAGAAGAAUACUGCUAAAACGACAACAGCGGCAUCCUCUUCUGCCAAAAAGCAGACAAAGCCGAAACCGCCCAAGCCCUCUGGCUCUUCCGCUAAGAAGCAGGUUGCAAAAGAACCAUCUCCAGCUACCGCUUCCACCAGCAAGUCACCCUCAAAGUCAGCUCUUAAACGUACACUGCCUACUCCAUCUGUUGCAGAGCCAGAUGCCAGCCCGUCGAAGCGCAGAGUUUCCUUUAUGCACACCGCGGAUCUGGCAGAUACACUCCCUCAGACACCUUCGAAAAGACGGAGGGUCGCUGCUACCCCUACAUCUGGAUCAAUGACCUCGCAAGAUGAAGCUUCCGCGCUCUCUGCGCCGUCCCCCACGAAAUUACCGGGCCUGAACCUCACUGGGAUCCAAGAAGACGUAUCUGAGCAGACAACACUUCAGCAACCUACGCCUGUUCCUCCUGCAGUGGGUUCGGCUACUCCACGUCGCAGCAGCCGGCUCAGCCAGCCAGAGCCGGAGACCCCCGCCAGUGAAGUCGUUGAAGAUGGCCCAAGAUCCUCUGACGAAGAGCAAGACGAUCGGGAGAAGGGCUUAUCGCGAAGCAGGCAGUUCCGCUGCCCGUUCCUCGAUCGAAGACAGUGGUACCGGCGGGAUCCCAAGAUUGAGAGGGAGUGGAAGAUGGCGGAGGCGUUCAAGCAACGGAUGGUGGACGCGCGCGGGCAUCCGUUUGCGCGGCUUCGUCCAGCGCAGUUCCCGUGAAGCUGCUCGUCCUCCAGCUUAUUGGGUUCUCACUCCAGGACUUUGGCUUGCGCUUUCAGGUUUACCGGCCCAUGUUUCUGGUGGGAUCAUGGAACAGGGUGGUUGGCCAAGCUCCCUCGUGGUGGGCCCAGCAUGCCCAAGCUGCGGUUCUACGAUCAGAAAAGCUAUACAACUUCUGUCGAGAGGAGAUAAGGACGGUGGAGGUUGACCGCGCGAAUGUUAUGCAAUGUUACGGUAGUAAUACUGACCCAGUAAUGUGUUAUCUUUUGUGCUGUAUGUAUGCUCGUAAUGUAUGUCCCCCGCUGUACGAACGAUGUACGACACCGUGCUACGCGUCA